AUCUACAAUAUAUAAAUACAGUACACGCCUUCCCCACUAAUACCGGCGGAACGUCUUAUCGUCUUUUCUCGGACGACAUGUCGUCUAUUUGUGGACCCAUUCCCCUACCACUUGAUUCGAUUUUCGGUCCCUGCGUUCACAGGAUCCGCACCUUGACUUUGCAUCAGUGCAGGUGGGACGUGUUCAAGUGUAGCAAUUGUCGGUGACACCAGCUCCCCUUCUUCAACUCUCUUCUCUUCUUCAAUUCUCUUCUGUCACCAACCUCUGCAACACAGCUUCCUCCGAUCCACACAGCCGGUAGGAAUUGGUCCAAAACUGACCUGAGCUAGUUUUUUCAACAUCCAGGUGAUAUUUUCUUUGAUAUGAAGCGGUUCAACAAAAAUCCAGAUACUGACCAGGGAACCCGCUCGGAUCCUGAGAGCCGUAGUGACAACAAUGCCUUAAGAUAUCCGGAUAGCGAAUGCCGGUUCGAGUUGAAUUUUAUGAGGUUGAUGGCUAUUUUGUUGAUUAUUUUGAUGGCAGUGUCGGUUCUCUUUUCUGUGUCAAUGGUGCUUAGGGACCCACCCGAUGAUGGUGUUUGGGAAACUAAUGAAGCCAGAGUUUUCGAAGUGAAAUCUCAGAAAGUACCCAGUUCAGAAGAUGAUUUCUUUCAGUCUGAUGAUGUGCCAAAGGAAUUGCUUGAUGGUCUUCUUUCUGCUGCAUUUGACAAAAAAUCUUGUCUCAGCCGGUAUCAGUCAGCAUUAUAUCGCAAACCAUUAUCUCAGAAACCUUCUUCUUACCUCAUUUCCAGGUUACGAAGUUAUGAAGCUCUCCACAAAAGAUGUGGACCCUGUACUGCUUCCUAUAACAAAACCGUGGAAAACCUCAAGUCUGGCCACCCUCCAGAAUCCUCAGUUUGUAACUAUGUAGUAUGGAUUUCUUUUAGUGGUUUAGGGAAUAGAAUAGUUACCCUUGCAUCAGCAUUUCUUUAUGCUCUCCUUACAAACAGGGUCCUGCUUGUUGAUCCAGGAGUUGACAUGGUUGAUCUCUUUUGUGAACCAUUUCCAGAGGUCUCUUGGUUUCUGCCCUCAGAUUUUCCUAUCAAAAAACAGUUUGACCUCUUUGAUCAAAAUUCUCCACAAUGUUAUGGGAGGAUGUUGAAAAGCAGUUCUACUAACUCAAAUGGCUUGAAGUUACCAUCUUUGGCAUAUCUUCAUCUUGUCCAUGAUUAUGAUGAUCAUGAUAAGCUUUUCUUUUGUGAUGAUGAUCAAAGUUUUCUUCAAAAAGUACCUUGGUUGAUAAUGAAAACAGAUAAUUACUUCAUCCCAUCUCUUUUCUUGAUCCCAUCAUUUGAGCAAGAGCUGAAUAAUCUUUUCCCAAAGAAAGAUACCGUUUUCCACUUCUUGGGUCGGUAUCUUUUCCAUCCAACAAAUACUGUCUGGGGACUAAUAACCAGGUACUAUCAUGCAUAUUUAGCUAAGGCAGAUGAAAGAAUAGGCAUCCAGAUUCGAGUCUUUGACACUGGUGUUGGUCCGCUCCAACAUGUGUUGGAUCAGAUACUAGCUUGUACCUUAAAGGAGAAUCUGCUGCCUGAAAUUGACAGGCAUAAAGACAUCAUCCAUGCCAGAACUCAGAUAUCUAAACUUGUCUUGAUAACAUCCUUAAGCUCUGGUUACCUUGAGAAACUAAGGGAUAUGUACUUUGAACAUCCAACUGCAACAGGAGAAGUCAUCAGCUUUUACCAGCCAAGUCAUGAAGAAUUUCAACAAACUGAAAAGCACACACACAACCGGAAGGCUUGGGCAGAAAUGUAUCUGCUGAGUAUGACUGAUGUUUUGGUCACAAGCUCAUGGUCAACAUUCGGGUAUGUGGCUCAAGGUCUCGGAGGACUGAAGUCAUGGGUACUCCAUAAACCUGAGAAUAAGACAGUUCCUAAUCCACCUUGUCGCCGAGUCAUGUCAAUGGAGCCUUGUUUUCAUGCACCUCCCUUUUAUGAUUGCAAGGCUAAGAGAGGGAUUGACACAGGUUUGGUAGUUCCUCAUGUGAGGCAUUGUGAAGACAUGAGUUGGGGUCUUAAGCUGGUUGAUAUUGAGAAUAAGCCGUAAGUUGUAACAAGAUAGUCUAUUGCAACAAUCCUAGUUAAACUUGCAAUUUUUUGGGGUGUACUAUAGAAUCUGUUGUUUGCUUUAAGAUAUACCUUAAUUAUUUUGUUAUUUGAGACAAUCAAUAAUCAGGGGCUUGAUCUUUAAAAUCUUAA